CUCUGGCUGCCCAGGGAGAGCGGAGAAGGCGGAAGCAGUGGAGUCCGUACCCGGGGCCAGGUUCCCGGUGCUCCGCGUAGCCAACAGCUGCGGCGGCCUGCGGGCCGGAGCUUGGUAUCCGGCCGCCUCCCCUCGGAACCCCGCGUGCAUCUUCCCUCGGCGCCUCGGCCGACGCAGCCCCGCCUGCCGUGUUCGCACCCCGCGCGCUCCAGCGAGCACUUGAUAAUCCGUUACUAUGAGUCUGUUAAACUGUGAAAACAGCUGUGGAUCCAGCCAGUCUGAGAGUGACUGCUGCACUGCCAUGGCCAGCUCCUGCAGCACUGCAGCAAAGGAUGACAGUGUGAGCGGGAUGACCAGCACCAGCACAGGGACCCUGUCCGGCUCCUUCAUGGAAGAGAUCCAGGGGUACGAUGUGGAGUUCGACCCGCCCCUGGAGAGCAAGUACGAGUGCCCUAUCUGCUUGAUGGCUCUGCGGGAAGCCGUGCAGACGCCCUGUGGCCAUAGGUUCUGCAAAGCCUGCAUCAUCAAAUCAAUAAGGGAUGCAGGUCACAAAUGUCCCGUUGACAAUGAAAUUCUACUGGAAAAUCAACUAUUUCCUGACAAUUUUGCAAAACGAGAGAUUCUUUCUCUCAUGGUGAAAUGUCCAAAUGAAGGCUGCUUGCACAAGAUGGAACUGAGGCAUCUUGAGGAUCAUCAAGCACAUUGUGAGUUUGCUCUUAUUAAUUGUCUCCAAUGCCAACGCCCAAUUCAAAAAUGCCAGCUUAAUAUUCAUAUCCUCAAGGACUGUCCAAGAAGACAAGUUUCUUGUAUAAACUGUGCUGUAUCCAUGGCAUUUGAAGAAAAAGAGAUCCAUGACCAGAACUGCCCUUUGGCAAAUGUCAUCUGUGAAUACUGCCACACCGUGCUCAUCAGAGAACAGAUGCCUACUCACUAUGACCUAGACUGUCCUACGGCCCCAGUCCCAUGCACCUUCAGUACUUUUGGUUGCCAUGAGAAGAUGCAGAGGAAUCACUUGGCACGACACCUACAAGAGAAUACCCAAUCGCACAUGAGAAUGCUGGCCCAGGCUGUUCAUAGUUUAAACCUUGCUUUAACUCCCGCGCCUCCGCGUGAUAUGCUGCCAUAUGAUUCUGCCUCUCUGUCCCGGGUUUCCUCUGGGUGCCACUCAGAGGUCCAGAAUUUCCAGGAAACCAUUCAACAAUUAGAGGGUCGCCUUGUAAGACAAGACCAUCAAAUCCGGGAGCUAACAGCUAAGAUGGAAACUCAGUGUACGUAUGUAAGUGAGCUUAAACGAACUAUUCGAACCCUCGAGGACAAAGUUGCGGAAAUCGAAGCACAACAGUGCAAUGGGAUUUACAUUUGGAAGAUUGGCAACUUCGGGAUGCACUUAAAGUCUCAGGAAGAGGAGAAGCCUGUUGUCAUCCAUAGCCCUGGAUUCUACACAGGCAAACCUGGGUACAAACUGUGCAUGCGCCUGCACCUUCAGUUACCAACUGCUCAGCGCUGUGCAAACUAUAUAUCCCUGUUCGUCCACACAAUGCAAGGAGAGUAUGACAGCCACCUCCCUUGGCCCUUCCAGGGGACAAUACGGCUUACAAUUCUCGAUCAGUCUGAAGCACCAGUAAGGCAAAACCAUGAAGAGAUAAUGGAUGCCAAACCAGAGCUGCUAGCCUUCCAGCGGCCCACAAUCCCACGGAACCCAAAAGGUUUUGGCUAUGUAACUUUCAUGCACCUGGAAGCCCUGAGACAAAGAACCUUCAUUAAGGACGAUACGUUACUAGUGCGCUGUGAAGUUUCUACCCGCUUUGACAUGGGUGGCCUUCGAAAGGAGGGUUUUCAGGCACGAAGUACUGAUGUAGGGGUGUAGCAUCCCUUCAUUCGUCUAAAAAGAAGAACUGUAUUGAAAAAUAAUGGCUUUCCUUGCCUUGUAUUUGAGAAAAAUAUGCAAACAAAGAGAAAGAAACAGUGGGGAAAAGGUAAUACCAGUGAAUGUUCUUGAAGAGACACUUGCUGCAUCUUCCUGUUACAUACGUAAGGCACUUUUCCCUAGGAAUCUACAUACUUCAUGCCUUUUCAGAAAUGUUACAUUUGAAGUGCUCUGGGCAGCAGCGACCACUUUGUGAGUUAGUGUACCUCUUUGUUGUACUUUUACGGUCGCCCCAGUGUAUUUGCUGUCAAACAAUGACAACAAAAACCCAGCAUGUACUGCUAACGCUCAAACCUCUCAUAAUAAUGGGUUUUGCUUAAAAACCUGGCUUAUUUUUGUGGUAUCCUAUGAAAUAUAUUAAAUGUGAGAUCACUACUGCCUAUGCUAUUGCCAGUGAAAGAGUGACUGCUCCGGAAAGAUAAGUUCUCAUUUUAUUUGAUGUCCUGCAUUUCAGAGGAUUUUAAGCAUAAUCCUUAGAAACUUUAAGUUCUCAUUCACCCCGUUCCUUUCCUCCUUAUGUUUACCAAUACUCAGGGACUAGUUUAAAUCCUGAGUGUGGACUUACUUGUUGUGAACAUGUCUGUUAAGUAACUUGUGUAAGUGUCUGAUUCCGCCUUGGUUAUGUCCUUCCCUGAGGUCAUCUGUGGUAUCUCCAGGGUUUCCAAUGCCGAGUCCCGCGUAUCCCCCAGCGGCUGGCUCAGUGUUGCUCUGCAGAACCCUUUUGGUCUGUUCAGUAGAAAGUAAAUUCCGCAGCCCUGCCCAUGUCUUCUGUUUGUUUUGUGCUCACAAAAUCACAAACAUAAGAAUCAAAAGAAACCAUUAUGGCAUCUCACUGGUGAUGGAAGCUAUAUGAGCCAGAAACGUUUCAGCCCUUCUGAUGACCCUUUAGUUUUAUUUCAGGGAUUCAAAAUUGAUUUCCUAAAAACAAAUUUUUUAAAUUUAAGCAAUGUUUGGCGGCACAGAGGAAGUUAAACCAAGGUUGGAAGUCAGAGAGGUAGUAUCCCAGCACAGCCUCCCUGAGUAGGGUGCUUUAGUCCAGUAGGUUCUGAGGAGGGUUCUGUAGAGUGUGUUGCAGUGGGCACAUGUUCCCGGUAGGGAGAAGACAUAUACAUGCCAUAAUGUGUUUGUUAACAGCCUAUAUGCAAUAAAAUACUGUGGUAUCUAGUUUUCAGGUGGUCAGAUAAGUAGCAUGAGUAUUUAUAAAGAAUCAAAAGGACCCACCCACUACUGUUUUACACAAGAUUAUUCAAAGUUUCUGGUAAUGAGAAAUAGUAUUACAUGUCCCAAGAGCCCAAAUCAGAACCCCAGCCAGCAUUCAAGAUCUGUCUUCCUUUCAGGAGGAAGCUCAGAGUCCUUGUAUGUGGAGAGGAGUCUGAUUUUUCAUCCCAAAUAACUAUAGCAAGUAUCAUUGUGACCUUUCCUUGUGUUUUUCUCUCCACUCCCUUAGUGUCCCAUUCAGUGUGAAGGUUCUUGCUCUUGUCACACAGUGACGGUGUUAGGAAAAGACCUUGUUCCCCGCACCACGUGACUACCACUGGCUCACCCAUCACUAGUUACCAGCCUGUUUCCUGCCAGGUUGUGUCCUUUAGCUGUUUUUUCCAAACAGCUCCUGAGAAUGAUUGCAGCUCCGCCACCUAAGUAGGAACACCUGUGCUGCUGCUACCCGAUAAUUGUUUGUCAGUCAAUAAAUAAUCAAACUCCAUAUAAAAAGUAAACAAGAGUUAGUUCUGUGUUUGCAUAGAAAUAGCCUGAAGAAAAUAUCCUAAAUUAUUUCGGAUGGCUUAUUUUUUGUGCAUUCUUGUGCUUUUCACAUUUUCUACAGUACUUUUAUCAGAAAAGAAAAUUAAUUGUUGCCACAAGCGCUGAGUUCCUAUUUGAAAAAGGAAGUGAUAUUUAAAAGCUUCCUGGUUAAAUUUCUAUUAAAAGCAUGUCUCUGUGAUAGGUACUAAGAGGAGUCAUUUCCUCCCUUGGUUGUGUUCUUUUUUAAUUUAUUUAUUUAUUUUUGCUCAUUUAGAAACUUUAAAGACAGCUACUUGCAUAGCCUUAACUUUUCAUAGCUUCCAACUUCCCAUCUCUAAAGGAAGUUGGGCUGAAUGUUUCUAAGGUCCCCUAGCCAUUAAAGUUCUAUCUUACAAAACUGAGUUUUAACCCAAAGAACGUUGAUAAUACCAAUCAAAGAGUUUUACCAGUGAAAACUUGCUUCACCUUUCUCUUUGCUGACACUGACGUUUUACUUCAACUCAGUGUCCAUCAUCUGGCUCACCUCUUCUUUUAUUAAAGUGAAUGAUUUUUGUAAUUCCCAACAUUGAGUAUUUUGUAAUAAACAGGUUGUUUUAUACUAGUCAUUUGCUGUUGUAGAUACAAACUAGAUCCAAUUUUCAGCAGUCUUUCAAAUAGAAAGUUUUUCAUAAGAUUCAACUUGGAAUCAGGUCUGAACCUGGAAACUGGCAUCUUUGUGUUUGAAUCUCCUACCCCAUUCCUAAGCAACCUAGUUUCACCUGUUAUGUCUACACACAUUUGAACUGUGGAUUUAUAUUUUAUUAACCAUCUUUUAACAUAGUCAUCUUCACCACCAUUAAUGUUUUUAAAAGUGUUUACCCUUUUUCUAUGCUGCAGUUCAAACAUUUUGCUCUCAGAAAACACGUCUGGAUGCUGACUUGUAAUUUGGUAGUUUAUUACUGUUCUUUAUCUGUUGAAAUAGCAGCAGUUUCCAUCUAUACUAAAAUAUAAUUCAACUUUUACUUGGGGGACAAAGAAUACAAAAAGUGAAUUAGAAGGAAAAGUGGAUUUUCUUACCCUAAUGAAGGCCAAUAGUGAUGCUAAGUGAUCUCUAGCAGUUAAUUUUUGUGACUGUUAUAAAUUGCGUUCUUGGUUACUGGUUCUAUGCCAGUGAGUCUCGGGCAAACUAAGAACCUUCUUAUGAAUUAUGCAUGCAAUUAGCAUACAUUCUCCUUACUGAGGAGCAAUUGCUUGUCAUCCCUUUAUCUAGGGACUCCUGAAUUCUCUAGUGACUAAAAAACAUUUUUAAUGAUUAGAUUUUUCUAACUUACGACUUUGAAGUACUUUUACACGGAUUCAGUUACUAACACUGGUCUGCUCCUGGCUCAGUUAAAUUCUGUUCAUCAUUUUAUAUAAAAUGUCAUUAGGUUUGUGUGUGUGUGUGUGUGUGUGUGUGUGAUGCCUACUUCUCUGGAGGCCUUGAGGAAAAAGGAAUGGUAGUUUAUGUGUCUUUUGAAAUAAUGCUUUUUAAAUUCCCAGAUUCACACAGUAGCCUGUAGCUAGCUUCUUGGAUGCUGUCACUGUGCCUUUAAAAUGAAUUAGCACCUCCAGACUCUCAGUAUCUAGGAAGAUGGCCUCAUGAAACCAAUCUGAAUGGAUCUCAGCAGAUUAUAACCCAGUGCACUGCUUUUACAUUGAGUCAAAGACUGACACUUGACAGAAGUUGCCUAGUUGUUUCACUAAACAUCUCCAGUGUGUUACAGUUCCCCAUCUCACCUCUGCCUACAGAGGUGGAAGUCACAAUACAGUCAAACUAAAAAUAAUUCAGGAUCAGGAAAAGGUUUUUGUGGAGUAGGAAAUGAGGUGCUCCUUCUCCUGUCACUGCUUUGUCUGCGGGACGCUAGCCUCGCGUGGUAGAGGAGGGAAGGAAGGGAAUGCCGCUCUGCUCUGCAGAUUUGCGGCUCUGCAUGGAGCUCAGUCCUGCUGCUAGAAAGCCACCAAAGCCACGUUAACCAGUUAUUUCCAUGCCGGCCCCCCCGGGAAGGUAGAAUGUAGGGCAGGGACAGUGUUCUGGUCACUCAUCCGCCUCCUGUCCUUAGCACACAGAUAGACACGCAAACAUGUAGUAACAUUAAAUGAAGACAGGUUGAAACUGACCGGUUUCUAAUAGGUGUUGUAACUUCUAGGUUCACUAAGGCAUAGAUGUCACUCUCAACGUCUUCACUCAGCACUUUAUCAUGAAAUUUUUCAAACAUACAGGGAGGUUUAAAAUUGAGUGGACAUCUGUAACCUAGAAUGUACAAUAACAUUUUGCUGUAUUUGCGCUCCGGUAGAUACUCCUUUUCACUAGCUUUUAGGCUUUGGUUUCUCUUCUUUGGAGUAACUUGUUAUAUUUGUAACUAGCAGUGUAGUCCUCACUUUAAUUUUAAACUUUUAUGUAAAUGUUAGGCUGAAAUUUUAUUUAUUUUGCCUGAAGGGAUAUUUUUGGAAUGCAUUUAUUUGAAAGCCCUUGAUCGGUCGUGCAGAAUAUUCUAAUGUUAUUUUCACACUUGAUAAAUUAUCCAAUUAAUUUCUUUGGUGAGAAUGUAAUUUUGGGCUCAUUUUGUUUAUGUAAGGUUCCAGCCGCUGAAGCAGCUAUGUAAUUUAGCAUAUAAACCACUAAAUUAGGAACUAAGAGAUAAAUUUUACUGCUGACUGACCAUGGAAAAACCAGUUUUCUUUGUGCUGUUUUAUCUACCUAUAAUGUGGGGACAAGAAUCCGAAAUUUAAAUAUUAUUAUGUAAUAGAUAAUGUUUAUUAAUGCUUAGAUCUGUGUUAGAAGCCACUUUAUGAACCCAGAGAAGCCUCUUAGAAUUUUGUAACUGUUUGGGACUGGAAUGAAAUGUAACUUUUGAAAAAUUGAAACUUCUAGUGGUCAAAGCAUCUUAUCAGAAAACCUUCUGUUGCUCAGAAACUGUGUUGCCAGCGAAUUUGUAAGUAGUCUUCAUUAUUCAUUUGGAUUCUGAAAUACAUGCUUUAUAAGAGAAAGCGAAUGUCAGAUGAGUGUUGGGUCAUGGUACUCAACACUGAAAAUGAAUGUCCGGUUUAAAGGAAAGUUGUACUGAAGGUUUUAAAAGUAUCCCCUCCCUAAGCCAGGCUCUCGCAGCUGCUUUGCCUCAGACCAUCUCCACCAGGAGAAAACAGCCAGACUGCAAGGCUGGCAGAGAGGCAGAGGCGGCUCCCGCACCCCGUCUCAUAGAUAAGUGUGACCCGUGCCUUAUCAUCAUGCUAUGAAUGUAAAUUCACAUUUAUCUCACCAAAGCAGCUGGAGUUUUUACUUUAACCGUGUCUUAGUCAUUGCAAGGAUAUGACCAAAGCAAUGUUCCUUGAAUGACACCUUUUUGAAUGUAAAUUUAGCAAACAUCCCAGACUGAUGUAUCUUCCCCUCUCCUGUCUAUUGUUUCAAGAGCCUUUAUAUUUCAAGAAUAUCUUUACAAAAAGAGUACUCUUGAUUGAAAUGAAAUAUCUGUUAAAAUAUAAGCAAUAUCCCAAAUGGUGUUUAAUAAAAUAACCAGAGUGCUUUGA